CGGUGAGUGGUGUGCUGAACGAUCAGAGUACGGAUGCAUUUCAUGACUUGUAUAGAUCUUAUAUCUCAAAAUUAAAAUCCAGAUUAUUAUUUUUUUUAAUUCUGAAAAAUAGCUUCUUGAAUUACAGUUUUCAUUCACUUCUUUUCUACCUGCAUAAUUUCAGGUUUUUUUUUUUUUUUGGCAUCCCAAGAACCCCUCUAAUCAAGCAUGAAAUCUAGUUUCGAUUUGUUCUCAUCUGGGCAUUCAACAAUCUAUAAGUAAAGUUAACUCUAAAGUGUUCUAAAUCUAUUUUCCUUGAAUAAAUGUGAUUUUUCUUGUUAUUGACAAGUGGGAUUUGAAGAAAGGGAAGCAUUUUUUCUUUUUUCUUUUUUCUGUUGGUGAUGUAUCGUAAUGUUAAAAACAGCAUUCAAGGGCAAGAAACAACAGCUGGAAUUCAAAAUGGUACUACCAGUAAUGGUGGUAAUAAUUGUUGCACAAAAGCAGCAGCUGAGUUAAAACUCUACCAAGCUUUCAUAUUUUCAGUUCCAAUUUUCUUUACAUUCAUUCUUCUUCUCCUGUUUUACUUGUUCUAUCUUCGCCGGAGGAGGGUUGACUGGUCUUCUUUAAGAAUGAGGACAAGUAAUUCCUUAUCAUCCUUUCAAAGUACUUCUGAAAUCUCCAGGUGUGAAAUGGGGUUGAAGAAGGAGGUGAGAGAGAUGCUACCCAUAAUUAUAUUCAAGGAGAGCUUUUCUGUCAAAGAGACACAAGGAAAGGUUAUUGCUUUUUCCUUUUUUUGGAGGAUGGAGCUUAAGACAGCAAUACAGCCCAACCUAAAGGAUGUAAGGUAGGAAGUUCGAACGUGAUAUCUACGUUGGAAGAUGAUGUAGAGUAUUGCUACCGCUUUGUCCAAAAGCUAAGCAGAAUCAAGCCCAAGAAUUCACUCCAAACCAAGUCCGUCGGGGCCCACUCUCGUUUUCAAGCAUGCUCUUGCAUUAUCCACCCUGUCUAUGAGAAUGCUCUAGCACAAUUCAAAUACGAGACCUCUAGUUCUGAUACCAACUGUUAGAGGGUAUUGCCACCACUUUGUCUAAAAAAUAUAGUUCAUAACACCACUACAAUCAACGAAUCUAAAAUAUAUUUGAGUUUGCGUAAAUUUUGCUUUGAUAAUUUAGUAUUCUUCGGAAUCAACUAAUCUAUGGAUGGUGUUCGUAUGCAAAUCAAGGAGUCUUGAUUGUCAAUUCUCGGUAUUCUACGUGAAUCAACAUGUUAUGAUUGUGUUCUUUGAUUGUUUCUCAGUAUUGAAUUUGAAUCGAUGAGUUUCGAUCUUCAUUCAUUAAUAUUAACGCUUGCGUCUAUGUUAGAAGAUAAAUGUAUUUGACAUUCUCUAAAGUGAGUAAAAAUAGCAAUUUGGAAGAUCAACUAAUUUAUAUAAGCUAUUAAGUAAGAGACCAAUGCUUAGCAAUAAUUAACUUUCGAGAUAGGAGAUACGGCAGAAGAUAAUAAGGGAGGAUAGACUUUGUCUUACUGUAAGAAAACUUUACUGGAUUAAGCCAUCAUAAAAUCACAUAAUAUGGUCAUAAAGCACUCCAGUUUUUUCUUACACGAAAGUUAAUUGGAUUAUUUAUUUAUUUAUUUUGGUUUGGUGGGGGGGUGGAGGAAUCAAAGGAUUCACCCCUGUCCCCGCUAAUUGAAUUUAAAAACAUGUCAACCACUACUCUUCAAUUAAGUUUCAUUUCUUGACAUACUUUGAGUCUACGACAAAUGAAGGGGGUGAUUUUUGACUUCCGUUUUCAUGAGAAGCAGAUUGUGAUGAUUUUCAUGGUCUUCUGUUUUCAUGAGAAGCAAACUGUGAUGAUUAUUGUGGUUAAGAAAUGUGUUCAAUACAAUUUUCCUGCAGCAAUUGUGUGGAACUGGUUUAUCAUGAGGCUAUAAGAACUUGGAAUUUAAAUCAAUUUAGUCAGCAGGGAAGUUACUUGUUGCUUAUUACUAUCUCAACCUUCUAUUACAAUCACAAUGUCAUGAAAUGCUAGUACAUUUGAUUUGCUUCUAGCAAUUCCAUGCAUGAGAAAGGAAAUAGCGUAAAUAUGGACUAUCUUGAACUGCUAUACAGUUUAAAUUGUGGGAUUUUCUUUUCAUUGAAACUGUUAUGGACUUCUUAUUUUUUUGGUUUGACAUGUUUGGUUUUGGCCUGCUGUAACCCUCUCUUUUAUGCAGACUCAUUUAUUUUCACAAAUAUGUCAUUUAAGUUCAUGAAUUUUGCCAUGUCAAUGACAUUCAGUGUCGCUUUUGUUUUUUUAUUUUCCUAGGACUGAAUUUAGAGAACUGUUCGCGAAAUUAUUUCCUUCG